AUGUGUUGUCUAAUCAUGUUUUUAUUAUCAACAUUCAACGCCAUAACCGCAAAAAUCGUGUUUACCAAUACCGAUUUUACAUACAACUGUUGUAACUUAUUCAAACAAAUAAACAGACAUAAUUUAAGCGGUAAGAUAAUUAUAUACUCAAGAGGAUAUACGAUCUUGUUUUUAUAUAAUUGAAAUCAUUUGAGCGAGAACUUUGUGGAUGAACGAUACAAUCUUAUAUCACAUAAUGUAAUACAUUUUUUUUUAAGAAUUUUGUGGAUAAAUCAUUUCUGAAAUUAUCAAUUUACAAAUACAAUUUUGUAAUUUAAUCUAUUUUUAAACAAGGCUUAUUAUAAUGGCUUCAUUUGAUUUAAGAAGAGAACUUCAUUCUAGAGGACCUCCAAUAAAUUUGAAUAAAAGUGUGUCUACUAAGAAACAUACACUACAUUUUGAUGGCCGUUUCGUUAGCAAAUCGGACCGAUAUCAGUUAGAAUCAUAUGGUCUAUAUACCCCUAAUCCUGUACUUGAAGGAUUAAGUAUAUCUAAUAAGAAUAAAUUAAUAUGGUCAGCUCGUUUAUCUGAUAGUCUAUGGGCAUGGUUUGUUUAUGGUCGCAAACUUCUUGUAUGGAAUGCAGAAAAUAAUAAAGAAAAUAAAACAAAUCCUUGUUUUGAACUUGGAUUACCAGCAAGUGAAGUUGCUCAUCAAGCUGCUCUGAUUUGGGUUUUUGAACCUGAAUCAAGAAAGUCUUCUUCUCAUGCUUGUUGUAUAGCUGUGUCUCCUGAAGGGUUGAUACGUUUUUGGAGAGAUGUCUAUGACGAAGUGGAGUAUUUUGAAUACAAUACUGAUUUGAUGGGAAAGGAAUGUGAGUUACUACAUCAAGUUGACAGUUCAAGGUAUAUUUUAUUGACAACAACUGCUGAUUUGGUUAUGGUAACAAUCAACAUGGAGACUGUUCGCCCACAAAUAAGUAGUAAAAUAUUGACUGAAUCUACUGGAUGGCUAGGCAAUAUAUCUAUGAACUUAUCAUCUCUUGUUUUUGGUUCAACUGGUCAACAGUCUGAUCCUAAAACUAUUUGUGGUUGUGUAUUAAAAAGCUCUUCUGACUAUACUGAAUCCAUAUAUGUAGUUACAACUAAUGGUACAACUUUAACCAAAUGGAAUGUUUCAAAACCAAAUAGUGAAAAACAAUUAUUUGAAGUAAAUUUGGCAAAUUCUUUGCAAGAAAAAUUUUCAAUUAUGAUGUUUAAUAGUGUCAGUACUGGUGAUAUGGAUAUGGAAAUUAUUGACAUGAAACCAACUAAUAAUCGUAGUGAAGAGGUUAUUGUUCUUAUACACACCAAACCAAACCAAGCUUACAAUUACUAUAUCUUAGCAACCAUUCAAAUCCAAGAUAGCAAGUGUCCCAUUACUUCAUUACACGUUCUUAAUAAUAUUGAAAAUUCAUAUUUAAAUGAAUCUACACCUCAGCUGCUAAUUACUGAACAACAAGCAUUUAUUUUAUCUAAACAUUACAUCCUUGUUGUUACUUUUGAACCAUUUCAAACUGAUGUCAUUGGUAUUGAUUGUGAUUUAAAAUUUGGUGGAGGUUCAGUGGUAAACAAUUAUGGUAUGUUUUUCACUCAAUCUCAUUGUUUAACUGUAGUCACUAAAAUAACUAACGUGGAGUAUGAUUUCAAUGAAUCAAGAAGUGUUCUUCAAUCUCCAGAUUUAAAUCAAUCCAUUGCUAUAACUGCUGAAGUAGAAAGUGGUAGUAACGAAACUAGAUUGAAAUCUGCUUUUUUACAGUUUGUCAGCCGUAAAAUUGACAAUUGUAGAGCACUGGUGAAACAAGCAUGUCCAGAAGAAUUGAAUUCAACUGAUGAAUCUAACCUAGAUAAGACUGUAUUUAAAGUUGGAGAAGAUCUUGUUAAUGAUAUACCCAUCAAUGAUCCACGUUGGUUGGGUGUACAUGGUGAACCCACUAUCAGAUCAUCCUCAAUGGUAAUAUUAAGCCAUUUAGAAGAAAAACAGCAAGCAAUACAUUGGUAUCUUAAAUUCUUACAAGAGCUUGGAUUAUGGGAUCGUAUGAGGCAAAUUAAUAAAUAUGAAACUCAAGUCUAUACAGGAUGUGCUUUAAAAGAUUUAAGUGAAAAAUUACAAGCUACAUUAACAUUUCGAAAAAUCGAAGUUGAGCAUAGUGAAUUAUUAGAUAGGCUAAUAAAAGAAGCAGUCGAAAGCAACUGCGAUAGUUAUUCUUCACCCCCAGGCCUUACGCACAUUGAUAAGUUUUAUAAGCAAGUCAGUAUGUCGCAUAUUCUUUUGCAGAGACUAUGUAUGCAUAGUGAAGAAAUUUCUUUUACGAAUCGUAGUGCUGUAGAUAUAUGUUCAAUUUUAUGCGAUGUCAAUAGAAUAUUAGUAAAAGUGCUUUGUGCUGUAUUGGACUAUAGAAGACAGAAUGUUGAAUUUUUCCCGAUUGACAAACAGAAACAAUCAAAAAUAUCUUGGAUUCUAUGUGAAAACAGUGAAGGCAUAUGUUCUGAGCUGAUAAAACAAAUUAAUAUUAGUCUCGAUUUCGCUAAAAAGGCAAAUAUUACCAAAGAAGUUCGUUCAGAAAUUUCUGAUCAAGUUGCAUUUUUGGUGGAUGUCUUAUUAUCCAGCUCUAUUGAUGUAUUUUCUGAAAUGGACAGUAAUUAUACACAACUUAGGUAUAAGCUACUUAAAAAACUUAUGGACUUUAAAGAACACCACAAAGUAAUUGAAUUAGCUGAGAAAUAUGCAGAUCAUAGAGCUAUAGUAGAGGUUUGUUUUGAAACUAACAAUAUUGAUUUAUUGUAUAGUUUUAUGGACAAACUUUUUGAACAAAAUUUUCGUCAAACUGUGUUUUCUUGGUAUUUAGAACAAGGUAAAAUUGUGGAUAUGUUACGUAAUUUUUGUCGCAAACCUAAAUAUGAACAUGACAUAGCAUUAGCAUUAGAAGCAUAUCCAAAGUAUGGUUGGAUAGCUGGAGGUCUUUCUGAAAAUAUUAAUCUAACAUGUGAAUCCCUAAGACAGUGCUGGUCCAAGGAGGAAACAAAUGUGCUUAGAAAACAAUACCAAUUGAAUUUAUAUAAAAUGGCGGUUUUGGCAAAAAAUGGACCAUUAGCUAAGAAUCCAGAGUUGGAUAUAAUAGAUAGAAACUUGGAAGUUAUUGAACAUCAAAUAAAUAUUCCUGAGUGUGUCCUGGAAUUAUUGAAUUUAAAUUUGAAUAAUAUGCGUGUGUUAUCUCCUGAAGAAAUUUUCAAUCUAUACUUGCACAAAAACAAUAAUACCUUGGACGAAACCCAAUGUUUACGAGCUUUGUCCGUGCUACAAUUUGUCCAAAAUAAAGAAGAACAUGAAGAACUCAGUCGCUAUUUGUGGUGUGAAACCAUAUUAAGAGAAACAUUAAAAUAUCCACUGCAUGACCAAGAGAUAGAUAAUCCUCUAGAGUUUAUAGAAAAUCUUUUAUUCUUCAAGACAUUAACACUCGUGUAUAACAAAGGCCUGUUAGAUCUCUUACCAUCCUUAGACUGGUUGUUAUUUGCUGAUGAAUUAGAAAACUUCCAUUCAAACACUAUGUGGCAGUUUGUUAUGAAAAUGGGAUUUGAACAUUGUCUAAGACCUGCUGGUGUUAGUAUGGAUUUUUAAACAUUACUUGUUUCAGUAAUUUAUCAAUAUUGAUUUUAAAAUCCAUUUGUUUUUUAUAUACUUAUGUGUAUUUAUUUUAAUUCUGUGUACAUAAUAUUUUGUAUCAAUCUUAAAUCUUUAUUAAAUUUGGUUUAUUAUA